AUGGCGCCAAACUCUUCCAAGCAGAUUCCAGACUUGGAGCCGCGCCCAGGAGCCGGCUCCCAGGAAUUUAUAGCUUUGUGUAUCGCCUCCGGGGUGUGCGGCGCCUUGUUCGCCGCUUUCUCGGAACCCAUUGGGCUGCUGAUCAUCCAGCUGUGGGGUAUUUUCUCAGUGUAUUCCAUGGCUACAGUGGCCUCAGAGCACUUCAAGCCGGUUCCGAGGUCUGUAGAAGAGGCGGUGAUGCAGAUAUUUCGCUUUGAUAGUGGCGUGGAAGCUCUGGUCGGAGAGAGCAACAUCUCAGCCCUGCUAAUUGUGUGUUGUAUCCUGGCCGGCAUGAGCCUGUUGCUCUUCUUGUCGCGACUCUGCUUCCGGCCACCGGGGAAACUCCAGAGUCUGCUGGCCGGCAUCUUCGGCGCGCCGGUCGGGGCGCUGGCCACGGUGCAGGCCAUCUACUUCUAUUGGAACUCCGAUGGUAGCGAGGCCCCACUGGUCUAUGGCAUGGUAGCAGGAAAUAGGGCGCGCUGGUGCUCCGAUGAGUCCUCUUGUAAAAUCUUCUUUUGCACUUUCUGUAUCCUGAUUGUCGUCAGUGUGAUCACACAGCUCUUGAUCUACAGCGGCUUCAAGGAGCUUUGGACUGACAAGAAGUAUGCACCCGUGCCAUUUCGACAUCCCAACGCUUCGAGUAAUGGGAUGACAGACUCAGAGACGGAAGGAGAGAAUUUCGAGGGACCCGAGGGAAGUGAGACCUGGCAGAUGAAUCUCCACACGCCGCGGUCAUGUUGGAUUUUCUUGACAACAGUUGUCACCCUGUCCUGUGUGGCAAGCGUUUGCUUCACUUACUUUGUGAAGUGGGCGAACACGACAGCAACAAACUUCUUGGUUGCUCUCAUUUACAUCCUCACCAAUGCAUUUUGCUUGUGGAGCAUCAUUGAGUUCUUCCUCCUCACACUGUGGUUUCACACUAUUCGCCUGAUUUGUGGCAUGCCACCCUUGCCGAAGCAAAACUUUCGAAACGGCCUGGAACGGCAAGGUCGCACCAUCCUGGCCUAUUGCUUACUGUCGAAGACUCCACAAAGCUCGGAGGAGUGCUUCAACACGGCGAUGGAGGCACAUUUGGCCAACUUGGAUCCCAACAUGCGAAUCACCACCAGCGUGGUUAGCGUCACAGGUGGUAUGGACCUGGUGAAGUUGGAGUUGGACCUGCGCGAUCGCUGCCGCCAGGAGAUCCGGCAACGCCUCACCGCGGAGAUGAAGGCCGCGCUGGACUUGACGCAUCUGGAGCCGGAGCAGCUGCGUUACCACUUGCGACACGCUCUGGCACCCAUCUCUGAGAGCUCCCUGAGUCGUGUGGAUUUUUGGCACGCGCUGAUGGAUCCCAGCCAUGGGUCGCCACAAGACUUGCCGAGGAGACUAAGUGCAAAGAUCACGGAUGCGACAACACACUUUGUGUAUUUGCACCGAACCUGCAAGAUUUUGAAGAAGCCUGGUCAAUACCAGGAUUUAAUGAUCCUCGCAUCUACUGGGAACAACCAGGCGUAUACCUACUUAGACGUCGACUACGGCAAGGAUGGCCGAAAGAGGGGCAGCGAAUGCUUCGGAUUCUCCGGGAAUGUCACUCCGAAUGGGAGCCUGGAGUCCAAUGUGGACAUGGUCAAAGAGUUUGAGCGCAGUGGGAAGCCGGACGUGGAGCUGAUCAGUUCCUACGGCAGCGAUCCAAAAAAUCGCUAUUUCUACACCAUGGUGUUGGACUCUGAUACCAUUUGCCCCGCCGGCAGCAUCAGAACGCUGAUUGAGUCGGCUGAACAUCCAGCCAAUAGGUCCUUUGGCAUCAUCAAUGCCAACCUGGCAGUCGACUACACCGCCACGGAUGCGGAUUGCACUUGGCAUAUGUGGCGCAAUGCCUUGAUGGAGGUGUCAACGGUGAACCUGGUCCGGGGCCAGUUUUGGAUCUUCAACCGCACGGGUUUCUAUGGCAAGGGCCUUAUCCGAAACGAGAUGUACAUCUCCCGGCUGAUCGGAAUGCCUGGUCAGCUGGUUGAAGCGCUGCCUGUGGACAUCUUGAGUCACGAUACCGUGGAGGCAAAACUGCUGCAACCUGCGGUGAAUGUGAACGUGACCCUCUAUGAGGACGUCGCACGCAAUCCCAUCAGCGCUUUAUCGCAGUCGACGCGAUGGAUGUUUGGUGAGGUGAAAAAUGCCUGUUACCAUCCAGAUGGAUCCUAUCGCGGCAUCAUCAAGCUGCUGACCCUUGGCUACAGCUGGCUGGUGGAGUGCCAACCACGAGAAAAGGUUUGGGUUCGCUGGCGGGAAGUGCCUUGCUCCGUAUCUGCUGAGUACCUGUCGCACACGGGUUUCAGACUCUUUCAUGCUGGUCCUGGCAUCCUGCUGGUGAAUAUCGCCACCUCCUUCUUGGCGGAGCAGAAGUUAGGUCUGGAACUGCAGAUUCUGCCGGUGGUGGGCAUGUAUGCAUUUCUCUUCACCAUUCUGGCGCUGUUCAUCAUACCCAAAGGCUUCCUGAUGUUGGACAAACUCCCAUCUCUGAACCUGGGAAAAUACCUUCUUUGCACUGGCAAGUCCUCCAAGAUCGGGGACGGUGAGUUUUCUUCCGAGGAUGAAUAUGAGCACGUGAUGUUGACCCGGCCUCCCACUCGAGUGUUUCCAGAUGGGGAGGAUUCGGAUGACUCCGAGGAUGAAGAUGAUGAAAAACUGGACCGGUGUUCCGUUCUCAUACGACAACUGGCCUUGGCAUUGGUGGAGAUCACCUUGUCCAUCCUACUCUUCAGCCCCGAGCUGAUCAUCGGUGUGGUGCGCUUGGUCCGUGGCGCAUGGGCACAGGUGAAGGGAAAGCCCAACUGGCAGCCACAAGACGCCGUGGAGAAGGAAAUCCAGCAAAACCUCAGCUUUCUGUAUGUUUUCCGGAAGACCUGGCUGGUCUUUGCCUGUGGCGUGGCGUACUUAUUGUACGCCAUCGUUUGCAGCAUGACGGAUGCUGUGGUCUACCUACUCAUCGUCUCGUGGGUGCUCUAUCCAUUCACCACCUAUUGGAUGUGUUUGCCGGUGCCCAAUGCCUGCAAGAACUCCUUCCUUUGGAAAUGGGUCAUGGAUGUAAAGAGGAAUCAGGGCUAG